AAAUGAUAGAAAGUGGAAUUACGACCAGCAUGUCAGGAAUUCUUGAAAAUGCAGGUCAUCAUCCCUCUCCACAAGACUACAGAGCCCUCCUGUCUUUAAAGAAAUAAUGAGCAAAAGCUGAUUGGCAGCCCAUGCCCCGAUUCAGAAGAAAUUAUGCAGUAAAUCUUAACCAAUAUCAUUGUACGCUGACUUCUGACCACAGACCCCUCCCAGCUCCGAGAGGAGGAUCUCCCCGGGGACCUGCAGUCUUUGUCGUGGCUCACCUCGGUAGACGUUCCCCGGCUGCAGCAGAUGGCUGAUGGUCGCAGUGAUGGCGGAGGAGACUUCAACAGGCCUUCCCAGGGGCAGGGGGGCAACCUGCUGGAGCAGCAGACAGCUCAGCUGAACAACAUAACCAUGGUAGGGGGACAGGGAGCCAUGAUCCACCAACAGAGCAACAUGCAGCACAGCCCCCUGGGAAUUAACGUCAUCACCGCCCAAAGCGGAAGUAUGUCUCCAUUCUCCAUGAAUGGGCAGCCCUCCCCAGGGUACCAAUGCCCUGCCUCUGUCUACCAACCUACACCCCAACAAGUGUUCACUCUGACCCAGACUAGCCAGCAGUGUACUCCUGCUGGGCUCUAUAGUAAUGUCUCGUUCAACAACCAAAGCCUGUUCACACAGCCGUGCCUGGCUCCACAAAACCAGGACCUGCAGCCCAAGUCUUUCCCCAAGCCCAUUUACUCCUACAGCUGUUUGAUCUCUAUGGCUCUGAAGAACAGCAAGACAGGCAGUCUCCCAGUCAGCGAGAUCUACACCUUUAUGAAGGAGCAUUUUCCCUACUUUAAGACAGCACCAGACGGAUGGAAGAACUCAGUCCGACACAACCUGUCACUAAACAAGUGCUUUGAGAAGGUGGAGAACAAGAUGAGUGGGUCCUCUCGUAAGGGCUGCCUCUGGGCCCUGAACCCGGUCAAGAUCGACAAGAUGGAGGAGGAGAUGCAGAAGUGGAAGCGCAAGGACCUCCCAGCCAUCCGCCGCAGCAUGGCCAACCCAGAUGAGUUGGACAGGUUGAUCACGGACCGGCCAGAGAGCUGUAGACGGAAGCCCAUGGAUCCCGGGAUGACCCGUCUGUCCAGCUGUCCAUCCGGCCUAUCCCUGCCUGUCCCAGGACAGAUGCAGCCCCAGCCCAUGGUCACCCUGUCCCUGCAGUGCCUGCCCAUGCACCAGCAACACCAGCUUCAUGCCCAGCUCCAGGCCCAGGCCAGGCUGGCCCCAGUGUCCCCCGCCCCUGCCCAAACGCCCCCCCUCCACACCGUUCCUGACCUCUCCCACAGCCCCCUCGCCACCCAGCAUCCCGGCAAGCAGCCGCACGACUUCUACAGUCUCCAUGGUGAGGUCAACGCAGAGGUGGACAUGCUGGACCCCAGCAUCAUGGACUUCGCUCUACAAGGUAACCUGUGGGAGGAGAUGAAAGACGACAGCUUUAAUCUGGAGGCGUUGGGCACCUUCAGUAACUCUCCCCUGCGUUUGUCUGACUGUGACCUUGGCACCAUGACGGGCAGCCUCCCUCCUGUCUACAGCGGGGGCAGCAUGCCCUUCUCAGACCUGCAGGUGACGGGCCUGUACACCUCCUACGCCUCCCUGGACGCACUCUCCUCCCAGUACAUGGGCACGCCAGGCAACAGCAAGCCCAUCACUGCCCUGCUUUAAUGAAAACAUCCCCUGCACCACAGAGUGGAACCACAGGUAGAGCUGCAUCGAGGCAUCACCAACAGAAUCAAAAUACAAAAACUAUUUUUUGCAGUGGCUCUACUUGUCGAUCCCACUUCUGGCACCAAAAAGCCCCCCACCUCCUCUUCCACUGAAAAGCCUGAAUCCUCAUUGCUUUUCUUUAUCCCCAAUGACAGAGCAACUUGUGUUGCCAUACCUAAGCCACUACUUCAGAUGAGAGAAAAAAAGUCUGCUUAGAGGGUGAUUUGAUCAAAAUCAUUGUAAAACCACACCAAUGAAGACAACUGAAAUUCGGGAGGAAAUUGACUAAAAUAUACUGACGUCUCUGGGGGAACUUUGUCAAGCAAAGACUCGAGCUGUCCUACACUGUAGUACACAAACCUAGCAGGCAACACGUACUCUCUCUGCCAGUUUUGUACAAUGUUGACUUUCCUGUGUUUGUAAGCCUUACCAUGGUACUGUUAGUUCCCUGUUCUUUAUCCGUUGUCUGUAUUGUGCUAGGCAGUAUUACUGUGAUGUUUUAUUUAUAUUUAUAAAUGGCAGCUGGAGAAGGGGAGGAAUUUAUCAAGCACUGUUUACUGUAAAUAUUUUUGUUUGUUUCAAAUCACUGCGAUCUCCACUGAAAAGCUUUUGUUUCUUAAACAGUAUUUACCCAUACAUUCCAAAACGCCAAAAUCUG